GUGAUAAGAACCCGAGGAUAGAAGGCCAGUUCAUGACUUCAAGCAAAGGUGUCUGACAUCAAACAGGAACGGAAGCUAAAAUGGGCACCUCAGUGAUUCAGCAAAUCGGCUUCAUUUUGGGUGUGUUGGGCCAGUUUUUCAUAUCUGCUGCUACAGCCAUGGAUAUGUGGGGUUUACAGGACCGGUCCUUCUCAGUCAUAACAAGUGUUUACACUUACUCUGGACUCUGGAAAUCAUGUGUAGAAAACUCAUCUGGAAUGACCCAAUGCAGGCCUUAUUUUACCAUACUAGGGCUGCCAGUUAUGCUCCAAGCUGUGCGGGCACUGAUGAUAGUUGGGAUAGUUCUGGGAGCCAUCGGCUGUCUGAUCGCCAUCUUUGCCCUCAAGAGUCUGAAGAUGGGAAAUAUGGAGGACAAUGUCAAGGCUACCAUGACACUGACCUCUGGGGUCAUGUUUCUGCUUGCAGGUGUCUGUGGCAUUGCUGGAGUGUCUGUCUUUGCCAACCUAAUCGUGUCCAGCUUCCGGUUCACCACCUAUGCAGACAGUGGAUAUGGAGGAGAAGGAGUACUGGGAGGACUUGGAGGAUCUCUCACUCCCAGGUACACCUUUGGCACCGCCCUCUUUGUGGGGUGGAUAGGCGGGGCUGUGUUGGUCAUAGGAGGAGUUAUGAUGUGUAUUGCCUUCAGAGGGAUGAUUCCAUCAAAGGAGAAGCGACAAGGUUAUGGGGUGGCCUACAAAGCUGCGUCCCAACACACAACAGUGUACAAGGAUGACGCGAAACCCAGACUCGCCUAUGACGAGUCUUUCAGAGCCCAGAUUAUGAAUGGAAGACACUCCAACCAGCAAUAUGUGUGAAGAAUAUAAUAUUAUGUACUAGUUAGAGGUUUUCUGAAACUAAACAAUACUAUUUUCAUAUUUCAAUGACAAUCCCGUGCAGCUCUAAGGGGCUUUGAAGAUUGCAUAGAGGGUUGCUAUGAAGGAAAACCUUUUUCAGGUUUGAUUAGUUAUUUUUGUACUUAUUAUUUUGGGAUCUCUCGAGUGGCGCAGUGGUCUAAGGCACUGCAACUGAGUGCUAGAGGCGUCACUACAGGCCCUGGUUCGAUUCCAGGCUGUAUCACAACCGGCCAUGAUUGGGAUUCCCACAGAGCAGCGCACAAUUGGCCCAGCGUCGUCCAGGAUAGGGUUUGGCCAUCAUUGUAAAUAAGAAUUUGUUCUUAACAGACUUGCCUAGUCAAUAUAAAUAUAUUCUGUGUUUUGAGAUUUGUUAUUCUGCAUUUAAGGGGACAAUAUUGUAAUUUUCUAAUGCAUAUUAAAAGUUAACAGAAUUUCUAAA